AUGCUGAUUUCUGAUCAAACGAAACUAAUGAUUCGAGGAAUUCGUUUUCAGAAUGAUCAUACACAAGAAUUAGGAUUAUUAGCAUUUCCUAACAUGCCAAGAUUCAUUAAUAAUACUUCUAGUUUAGCAAAAUCAAAUGAUAGUGAGAAUGUUUCUUUUGUUGUUGAAGAGAAUUACGAUGAUGAACAGAUUGGUUUGAAAAUUGAAGAAAACAAUACAAUUUCAGAUAUGAUAGAAAAACUGAAAUUCCCUUCAUUGAAAAUGAUCAGAGUUUCUAUGCUUGUUUUAUUCAUUUUCACUUUAGUUUUCAGUAUUUUGUUCAUUGUUCUUUUGCAAAACUACAAAGAUGGUUUGAGAGAAAUAGAGGAAAUCUCAGAAGCAACAUCAUAUACAAGAUUCCAUUUGACAUUAGCAACUACAAUCUCUCAUUUCAAUUUAAUUUUUAAUUUUUCGGGCUUCACUUUUAGAUUUAUUAAUAAUGAAAGUGAUUCUGAUUUACAGAUCAAAUAUUCAUUGAGUGAAGCACUAAGAUACAUCCAAAUAUUCAAUGAAUACAAAACUAAAUACGAAGGAAAUUAUUACAUUGAUAAUGUCAGAAAUUUGUUGUUUGAAAGUAAUUUUAAUUUCACAACAUUCCCUAAAAAUAUUCCGAGAGUUGAAGUUAUGUCAGUGUCAGAAGGAUUGGCGAAAAUUGCCAGAUAUAUGGUUGAUGUUGUAGAGAACAAAACUUAUUUAUCUAAUGAAAUGAGAUCGAGUUAUUAUAAUAUCUGGAAUUUGACAAAUCAAAUUUCAUUUGGAACCAUGAAUAUAACAGGUUUUAUUGAUGAACGAGUUAAUAAUAUGAAGAAUAUUUCAUUGGGUGUGUUUUAUUUGUUAUUGAUUGUUUUCUUUAUUGUUUUCAUUAUAUUAGGAAGUCUUUUUGUUUAUUACCUGAAAAAUGACAAAAAGAAUGUUUACAAAACUUUAUUGGUUUUGCCAAAAAAUGUCGUUUCUCAAAUUUCUGAAAGCUUGAGAUCAGUCAAGAAAGAAUCAAGUGCAAAUACUACAUCAACAAGUCAUCUAUCUAAUGAUGUUGAACAUAAUAGACAAGAAGAAAAUCUUCUUAAAGUUUUGAACACUGCAAGUGAUGAAGAUUAUCAUUCGCAUUAA